AUGGAAGCCUAGAUGCCUCACCGCAAGGAGCGGCCGAGCGGGUCCUCGCUUCACGCCCACGGCAGCACUGGCCCCGCGGAGGGAGGAAGCAUGUCUCGGUUGUCUCUCACCCGGUCGCCUGUGUCUCCCCUGGCCGCCCAGGGGAUCCCACUGCCAGCCCAGCUCACUAAGUCCAACGCGCCUGUGCACAUCGACGUGGGCGGCCACAUGUACACCAGCAGCCUGGCCACGCUCACCAAGUACCCUGACUCCAGAAUAAGCCGCCUCUUCAAUGGCACCGAGCCCAUCGUCCUGGACAGUUUGAAGCAACAUUAUUUCAUCGACCGGGAUGGGGAGAUUUUCCGCUAUGUCCUGAGCUUCCUGCGGACGUCGAAACUGCUGCUCCCAGAUGACUUCAAGGACUUCAGCCUGCUGUACGAGGAGGCGCGCUACUACCAGCUGCAGCCCAUGGUGCGCGAGCUGGAGCGCUGGCAGCAGGAGCAGGCGCAGCGGCGCCGCAGCCGGGCCUGCGACUGCCUGGUGGUGCGGGUCACGCCGGACCUGGGUGAGCGGAUCGCGCUCAGCGGCGAGAAGGCUCUCAUCGAGGAGGUCUUCCCCGAGACCGGGGACGUCAUGUGCAACUCGGUCAACGCCGGCUGGAACCAGGACCCCACGCACGUCAUCCGCUUCCCGCUCAACGGCUACUGCCGGCUCAACUCGGUGCAGGUCCUGGAGAGGCUGUUCCAGAGGGGUUUCAGCAUGGCUGCGUCCUGCGGGGGUGGCGUGGACUCGUCCCAGUUCAGUGAAUAUGUGCUUUGCCGGGAGGAGCGGCGACCACAGCCCACGCCCACUGCUGUCCGAAUAAAGCAGGAGCCCCUGGACUAGGCCCUGCCUCAGUGCCCACCUGAGGCCUUUGGGCCCUGGGGACACCCCAGGGACCAGGAAACAGUGCUGGGGAGUUCUGCCUAUGCCUGCUUAGCGGUGGCCAUGAGACUGAGGGUGGGGCUGGAGGGUCCAAAGCCUGCCCAGAGAGCCCCAAGGCCCCAUGUGUCAUGGCAACAGAAUGUGGGAUGCUGGAGGCAUGUCCACUGAAGGACUGUUGAUGUGACCCAAAGAUGCCGAGGUGGGAGAACUCGGCCACCAGUUGUCUGGGCCCCUCAGCUCCCAGUCCGGUCCUCGGGGCUCUACAUGUGCCAAGGCAGGGUCAGCAGAGGCCUCCCCAGUGCACGCCGAGGAGCUGUCCAUCCUUCACCACACGGCAGACUCCAGUGGGUCUCCUUGCGUCAGAGAUGGCUUAUUUUUCUACAGUAUUUAAGACGGAAGUAACUGUAAGUGCACAAGUCAGAGAGGCCGACAAGGACCAAUGCUUCUUUAUCUGGUGCUCAGCUCAGUCGGACGCGCAGCAUGUCUGCAUGGGGGGUGGAAGAGCUGCUGGACACUCGGGCCCAGGUGCCCGCAGAGCAGGGCUUGGAAACUUCUGGUUCCUGCUCUAGGAGCAGAUGCAGGGAUGGCAGUGCCACAGGGGCUGAAACUGGGCUCCCACGGGGUGGGGCUGCUGGGAGGAGGGUGGUAAGGGUGUGGGGGAUGGAUAGCUGUGGAGCCACUUGAGACCCUACCUUUGCUGCCACCUGGGGCACAGGCCACACUUGAGAGCCACCUGACCAACUAAUGCCCAGGGCCUUCGAUUCCUGUCUAUGCGUGCGCACACCUGGGCUCCCAUAGAAGUCAUCUCCCCAUCGGGACCAGCCAUGGGGCCACACCACAUCCUUACCUCAGGAAUGGGCCCCACGGUGAAGGGGCCCAUCUGUCAGCAGCAUCCUCUGGGUCCCCAGCUCAGGAAGCCGUCCCCCACUCUGAUUUUCCCACACUCAUAUGCACACUGAAUUUUAAUUAGACUGUUACACUAGCUUGCCAGUAAGACCCGGACAGAGUCAUACCUUGGGUUCUUGGCCCCGGAUUCCAACGAGGACUGCCUCUGAGGGGUCCUCACAGACCUGCUGCCUCUCAGAUGACAGGCCCAAAGAUGGAUACCACCUGCCUUGUCACACACAGUUCCCCUCCCCUCCCCUCCCGGCUCUUUCCCAGGUUGGAGAAACCGCAGAGAACUGCUGGGUGGGCGGGGCGUCCUGGCCAGCACUGCCCCUUGUACGAUGCCUGUAGACUUGUAUAUGACUCCUUUAAUAUUGUAAAGAUGCUGAUGUACAAUUGUUGCGUGUUUGUGUAAACACAUUAUGUUCCUAGUUCAUGCCAUAAAUGAUGCUAUAAAGCGAAA